AUGGUGGCCAGAGGGGCCCAGGCGUGGGCUCCCUUGCCCCUGGGGUGUACAGACGCCGACAGGCUGCAAGCGCUGCUGCUGCUGCUGCACUGUCUCGACAGCAGCAGCAGCAGCAGCAGCAGCAACAGCAGCAGCAGCAGCAGCAGCAGCAGCAAGCGGCGCGAAAAGGCAUGGGCAGUGCUUCAGGCCGCAGCGCAGGAGUUCGGCUGCCCAGAAGUUGUCACUAUGAGCAGCAGCAGCAGCAGCAGCAGCAGCAGCAGCAGCAACGGAUAUGACCACAGCAGCAGCAGCAGCGCCCCUGGAAGCAGCAGCAAAAGCUGCAGCAGCCGCAGCAGCAACUGGGCACGCGACAAGAUAGUGAUUGCUGCUGCUGAGCAUGCAGCAGCAACGGGGUCUCCUGCUGCUGCGCUGCAGCUGCUGCAGCAGGUAGCAGCAGGGUCUCCAAUGCGUGCUGCAGCACAGCUUGCUGCUGCUGCAGUGCAGCUUUUGCUGCUGGAAGACAACAUUGCAGCAAUCCGCUGCCUCCGCCGUGCUGCUGCUGCUCCUUGCUGCUGCGCUGCAGCACUUUGCAAAGCUGGGGAGCUGCUGCUGCUGCUGAGGAGGCCCCAAGAUGCUGCUGCUGCUUUUCAAAGGGCCUCUGAGCUGCUGCCAGACAACAGACACAUAGCCUGCCAACUCAGUGAGCUGCAGCAGCAGCAGCAGCAGCAGCAGCAGCAGCAGCAGCAGCAGCAGCAGCAGCAGCAGCAGCACCAAUACCGCUAA